CGCCUUUAAAGGAGGACUUUCGAUUACGUAUUUUAAAAAUCUUGAUUACGACAGGACGGAGAUGAAAACAAAGUGUUCAUAAACAAGCCAAAGCCUAGAUCUGUCUGAAGAAAACAAGUAUAGUAAAGUCGUCGUGGAGCACUGAUCUGAAACAAUCUUUUUAUCAUCUUUUCAGGUACUAUAAAUUGGGAAGAAAAUACAGAAGAGAGUUGUUGAUACAAUGAUAGGAAGAAUUGCCAGCCUACUUCUUGGCAAUACAACAAAUGAAGAUGUGAGUGAAAGCAGUGAUGUUGAGGAACUCUUUGAGUUUGAAGAGGGUGAAUGGGUCAUCAUCAACAUUCAAGGUGAGUCCAUCGACAAGGUCGGCCUCCUGGAGAACCUACUGAUUGAGCAUCCCAGCAUGUCCGUGUACAACUGGAGGAACCAGAGAAAUGAGGAGGAGGAACCGGGCUCUGAAGAGGAAGAUGAAGGUGCCCCCAGGCCUGCCCAAGUGGCACGUUCAAUUCCUUGGAGGCUGAUGGCAUGGGGUUAUAUACUGGAGAAGAACAGUCACCUGCGCCACGUCCAGAGAACCAGACUGUGGGCUCAGAGGAGGAAGCUGGGCCGCAGUCAUCUCCGCAGGCAGAAUCAGGCCAAGAAGCGCUAUUCACCAAAAGAGAAACACUAUGGCAACUUCAAACAACCCUGCCAGCGCAUCUAUAAUUACUGACAAAGUGCAGAACGCUUCAUUUAACUCAAAAGAUGUAACGGUACAGUCUCGUUCGAUAUACUGUAUAUACAUAUCUUCCUUCGAUAAUAUGUAUAUAUUUUAAACAAAAGUCACAAGCUACUGUAUGUUAUUGCUUUUAAUACACUGUAUCAAAGCAGUCUGUACGUAGCUUUCUUGGAUCUUAUUUGGAUUGAUACUAUACAUACUGUGUAGUUCAAGUCCAGAAACGGUUUUGUUACCACUGUAAUUACUGUAUAUCACAGGUGCUACAAGCUAAUUAAGACGUAAAACUGCCUUCAGUUAUUGAAGGUUUCAGCCUGGAGUCUGAUUAGCUCUUCUCAUGUCCUAUAAUUGGUAUAUUUUUAAAAAUAAAAGCAAAACUAUAUUCUGUUUGAUGUAGAAAGUAUCCCUGCGUUUGCACACUUAACCUGUUUUAUGGAAUUCCUUCUGAUGAAAAAAGAUGGCUUUUCCCUAUCGUAGGAGGUCUCGUAUAACAGGUUUUAUUAUUGCAGACCACUGCAACUGGCUGAACUUGUUACAAGGACAUUUUUCUCUUUAAGUAGCUUCUUAUUACAGGUGAAGAAGUGCAUAAUAUUUAUAAUAAUAACUUGGAACACCUUGCACUCCUUUUUUCCUGUGUACUUUCUCUAUAUUCAGUCAAAGUAAAAGAGACAGCAUAAAUAGGACGCAUUGGACAUGGUUUCACAUGUAAGGUUUAAACCUUAGGGUGCCUAAACGUAUAUGAACAUUGUGUUGAGCACCCUACAGCUGUGCCUCCUAAUGAUUUACUUAUAUUUUCUCCUUAGUGAUUGUAUCAAUGACAUGCCAAAUGUUAUUACACAUCACAUUGAAAACAAUUUGAUUAUGGUUAUUAGUCUUAGAAAUGCUUCAAAUUCUUUUUAUGUGUCAGAAUGCAAGAAAAUGAAUUAGAUUAAUUAGAUUAAGUAUGUGUAUAGCAGUGGCUCAAUGGCAGCUAUGUGCACAAUUUGUUUAAAUAUAGAAGGUUGUACUAAAUUGCUGUUUAAAAAAUGCAGGUUUUAGCUGAAAUGUUAGAAUUCAUUUUGGCAUAAUCCACUCGUUACAACAUAUGCAGUGCCUUCUACUUCGAUUAAUUAAAAUCUUUAGUUGAUUAUUCAUUUGUUAUAUUAGUUGAUUAUAUUUGUUAUAUAUGUAAUUCAUACAGUAGCAGGUUACAAAAAGAACAAA